AACAAAAAUAGCAACAGCGUAACCGACCAUCACAUGAUUUUUUAACAAAAGCCUGCCACAGCGACAUCAUUUUUUAAUAAAAUUCAAGCUUAAUUCUAUUUACAUUACUUGCUGAGGUCGACAUGGAGACUGGAAUAAAAAUAGUGGAAGAAACAGAAUAUAUAACUGAUUGCAAGUUUAUCGGCAGGUAAUUUUUCAAAAAUGAAAAAGCUUGAAGUUGUACAAAUAACUUUCGAUGAGAUUUCCUGUGCACAAGAAAGAAAACGUCGAAAACUAACCAGUCGUUAAAAUGAAAAUAAAUCAACUUUUGUAAUCAAUUACUGCUUGCUUUAAUUUAUUCUUCAAUAUUACUUAUUAUCCCGUCAAUUUUUUGCAAUGGGUUAUCGCUGAGAGGACAGUUAGUUGAAGUUGUUGACACAGCUAAGUGCACCCACUGAAAGCGAGGUUUGAAGCUCCGUUGGAGAACUUUUUCAGGUGGUUAUGUCUCAUGCCGUUUUUCAUCAUGCCCUUGCAGUUGUCUGUCUGUAUCACACUUUUUCUUUCUUUUUUUUGGCGUGCGAUUACAGUAAACAUUUCUCUCGACAGGUGCGCGCCGAACAAAGGCGCAGCGUUCAUUUGCAAACAUGGGUUCAGCCAGUCUUAAUUACAAACUCACUCACGCUCUGAGAAUUAAAACGCAAUGAAAUUUUAUUUCAGCUGAAAAUCACCGUGACAGUGAGGAAAACCUAACAAAGCUUCUCUCCAAGACUUUUAACUUAAAGGAGCACCAACAGAACUAUGGAGUCAGAUUUCAAGGGAAUACGAGAAAAGCGACAGAAAUGCGCCGAAGAGGUGAAACAAGCUUGGCAAUCAGAGAAGGACGAGGCCUCCCGAGUGAUUCAAGACUUUGGCUCAUACACCACGCUACACGGCUUUCAUUUCGUGUUUGAUUCAGCUUCCAGAAUACGCAGAAUUAUUUGGUUCACGCUGAUACUUCUGGGCGUAAUUUUCCUCUUCUUCCAGUUCCGAGACAACUGGAGGAAACUUCGCAACAACCAGAGCGUCAUAGGCAAAGAUCUUGAACACAGCCAAAAGAUGCUAUACCCAGCCAUAACUAUUUGUAACCAAAACAUGAUGCGAAGAAGCAAAAUCAUGGGCACGGACGCGCAGACAUUUCUCGACCAACAAGAUCAUGUGAAGUUUAAGUACUCCGGCGAAAACCUGCUGGAUAAGGAGACGAGCCCGGACUUCAAUAUUGAAGAAAGUGUGAUAAAAAACAGUCAUAAUCUAACUGAGAUGUUGAAGACAUGCGAGUGGCAGAAAGUGCCUUGCAGCGCUGCUAACUUCACCUCCUUUGUAUCUUUCAUGCGAGGUGUUUGCCACACGUUCAAUUCUGGUCAGGAUGGCCAUCGCGAUCUUUAUGCAACCACAGCAGGAAAAAUACAAGCCUUGUCUCUUUAUUUGGAUGCACAGCCCGAGGAGUAUUAUGGUCCAUAUAGCUAUGACGCAACAGGUUUUAAGAUUCUAGUUCAUGAUCAGAGAGAGUUGUACCCUAACAUUGAAGAUUUAGCUUUGGACGUCACACCUGGAUUCACUACUAAUAUACGCGUGCGCAGGAGCAAGCUCAUCAGCCUCCCUACGCCAUUCAAGUCCAACUGUGGUGAAAGGAAUCUGACAAGUUUCAAGGAGUAUUCGGAAUAUGCGUGUCUUACCGAGUGUUACACCAAUAUAACUGUGCGAGAAUGCGGCUGCCGUGUGUUAUCGAUGCCCUCUGUUGGUGUUAACGAAACUAGAUUCUGCACAGCAAAAGAGAUCUUCAAAUGUGUCUUCCCCAUAUUCAGCGAUUUUAACCCCAGUAACUGUGACUGCCCGGUGCCGUGUACAAAGGUUACCUAUCGUGUCCAGGCUUCCAUGGCAUACGCGCCGUCAAGUCACGUGUGGGACACACUAUUUCCUUUGUUCAACUUGUCAUCGAAUGACACCGACAAAGUCACCGAGUACCAAAACUACAUCAGGCAAAGAAUGGUACAAGUGCAUAUUUACUACGAAACUCUGGACACGGAAAUAACAGAAGAAAAACCGGCAUACGACCUCAACGAUUUCGGAUCGGAUGUUGGAGGCAACAUGGGAUUGUUCCUUGGUUGCAGUCUGUUGACGCUGUGUGAAUUCGUCGAUCUCAUUAUAAUCAUGUGUCUCCGCUGUUGGCGAAAAAGGAAUGCAGUGGAUCUUAAAGGAGAUCAAUUUCAAUAAACUUUUGUUUUCAGUAUUUAGGAUUGUCUCAUAACAAACACAGAACGCGGCGUAGACAUAAUUCGCGAACGAGCAAGCAAGUUUAACAUGUCCAUGACCAAGCACGUUUUGUUGUUUACUUUCGCUCGUAGGUUCGUGUCUCUGCAUUUCUAAAGAACCUUGAACAGGUUACUCAUUUUAUUACCUCUAGUAUUUGACGCUUAUCGCUUCAUGCUGGAAUUGGCGAAGGUUAGAAACUGUAGAGUCUGAAAUGCUCAUACUACAAACUGCAUAUCCAAUCAUUAUUGAUCCUAGAGCGUUAAGCCUGGUUUACACUAGCGACAUAACGACAUAACGACAUAAGGAAAAGAUCAGUUUUAUCUUUUUGUCGUUAUGUUCAUGCUGUUAUGUUGCUAUUAUGUCAUUAUGUCUACAUGUUCACAUUACAAAUAUAACGUCCUUUUUAGGUCGAGAUAACGUCCUUUUUAUGUCGUUCAUGACGAUGUCGUUAUGUCACUAGCGUGAACCAGGCUUAAGAGAAAAUUGUCCGUUUCAAAGGAAGAUUAGUGUGUAUUACAAGCAGUGAAUUCAUGUCCCUCCAUUUUAGACAUUAAGAAGUACCUCAGCAAGAAAAGCAAGAGGAAAAAAAUUCCGCGUAAGAUCUUGCGCCAGACACAAAACGCCGCAAUUUUUCUUGCGCGGCCAUUUUUCUUAUCAUUUCUUUUUUAAGCGAGGGACUACCCGUGGUAGAGAGCUUAGAAAUAUCUGCUGUACAGAGUGUCUUGCUAUCUAGGCCGGUGGGAGACAGGUAGUUAAGGAGCGGCACUUUUUUUGUUUCUUCCUAUCAAUUCGAUCACACUAAUGAUUUGUUAGAACACAAUAAAGGUUUUGCACAUACAGCAUCGACAAAUAUUGAGCGAUUAAAUUAUAACAAAUGGUUAUCAAGAAAGACGUAUAAUGAAAGUUGUAUUGUAAAUAAACCGUGAAAAUUUUA